GUUCUUAUUCUCAUUCUGAUCGUGAGUGAGGGGAGAGAGCCGCAGCAACCGAAACCCUAGAACCACAAAAAUGCCUGCCGGACAUGGUCUCCGUUCAAGGACCAGGGACUCCUUCUCCCGUCCCUUCCGUAAGAAGGGAACAAUAGCCCUUGCAACCUAUCUCAGGACGUACCACAUCGGUGACUACGUCGACAUCAGAGUUAACGGAGCUGUUCACAAAGGUAUGCCUCACAAAUUCUACCACGGCCGCACCGGUCGCGUCUGGAACGUCACCAAACGUGCCAUCGGCGUCGAAGUCAACAAACAGGUGAGGAACAAGAUCUUGAGGAAGAGGAUUCAUGUUCGAGUGGAGCAUGUUAUGCCGUCUAGGUGCACUGAGGAGUUUCGAUUGAGGAAGAUUCAGAAUGAUAAGUUGAAGGCUGAGGCGAAGGCAAAGGGAGAGGUGAUCAGCACCAAGCGCAAGCCGGAAGGGCCGAAACCUGGUUUCAAGGUGGAGGGUGCUACAUUGGAGACUGUUACUCCGAUACCGUAUGAUGUUGUUAAUGAUCUUAAAGGAGGGUAUUAGUUUGUUGGUGUUUUGUUGUUUAUUGUUAGACUGCACUUUGUUGUGCCCGAGUUGGUUUUGUUUUUUUUGUUGUCUUUUUUUAUAUGAACAUCCUUCAAAUUUAUGAAAAUCAGACCUAAGUUUAUGUCC